AUGGGCGAAGCAGCAGUACCGCCUGAGCUAGACACCGAUCCAGCAGCAAAGAUGGCUCAGACAAACCCUCUGCCUGUCCCCAUGGGCCCGUGGAAGAGCGUUCGGAGCAGAGGCCGGGAGAACCGCCAGCCACAGCCCUGCCACCCGCCCGUCCCAGAACGGCUCCGCUCCUCUCUCCGGACGGCACCGCUGCCCCGGGAACUGAUCUCCGCAGGGAUCACCGUGUACGACCAAGAAAACUUCCAGGGCAAGAGGAUGGAGUUCACUUCGGCCUGUCCAAACAUCAUGGAAUGUGGCUUCGACAACAUCCGCUCCCUGAAGGUGGAAUGUGGCGCCUGGGUCGGUUAUGAGCACACCGGCUUCUGCGGGCAGCAGUUCAUCCUGGAGAGGGGAGAGUACCCGCGCUGGGACGCCUGGAGCGGCAGCAACGCCUACCACAUCGAGCGCCUGAUGUCCUUCCGCCCCGUCUGCUCCGCUAAUCACAAGGAAUCCAAGAUCACCAUUUUCGAGAAAGACAACUUCAUUGGCCGCCAGUGGGAGAUCAGUGACGACUACCCCUCGCUGCAGGCCAUGGGCUGGGCCAACAAUGAAGUGGGCUCCAUGAAGAUCCAGUGCGGCGCCUGGGUGUGCUACCAGUAUCCCGGGUACCGUGGCUACCAGUACGUCCUGGAGGCUGACCACCACGGUGGAGACUACAAGCACUGGAGAGAGUGGGGUUCACAUGCCCAGACCUCCCAGAUCCAAUCCAUCAGGCGUGUCCAGCAGUAGCUCCCCACCUUCCAUCUCUGCAAGGUUUCAAAAGCUCACCGGCUCCCUCUUGGUGCUAAUACUCCCCUCCCGAAAUAACCACCCCCUCUCGUACUGCCACUGCUUAUGGAACAACACUCCCAAACGGUACCGACUGCCACAAUUGCCAAUAAAUGUGACUGAAAGAAAAAGAUAAA